AUUUUUACAUAAGAUUUAAAUUCUUAUUUGCAGAUUUACAGUCUUAAUUCCAUCAGCAUUAUCUGUCUUUACUUAGGGCAAAGCAAUGAUAUUUCUUAAUUUUCAUACCUUAAUUGUGCAUUAAUUUACUUAUUUAUUUACUGACCGAGUGCCCCAGUAUUGUAAGAGUAAAAUUAAAUUAAAACCAGGUCAAAAUAUACUUGUUUUUAGUUAGUUUCCAUGCGUUACACUAUGCGAGCACUUCUAGGUCUUCAAUUUUCCAUGCUGACGCGAGAUUGUUAGUUUUACACCUCAGUUUUUGAUUGACUUUUGUGCGGGCCAGUCGAGUUUUGUUUCUAGCAAUGGGUAAAAGCUGGUUCAAUGGCACAACCCUUUUGUUGGGCUUUUGCAGUGCUGCCUAUAUCCUUUUUUUCACAAUUGCCAUACUAACCUUAGUCAUGUGUUGAGAAUAACUUGUAUUCCAUUGUCUCCAAUGCCAAACCCUAAUUUCGGAAUGUAUAAUUU